CGAUGCCCUGUUCAGUUUCUCCAGAGAUGGUUUCGCUGUUCGUGUAGCUCGCUAGCUAGCAGCAUUAUCAGCGCUAUUUUAUACAUCAAGUCAGAUAACUAACAAACAUAAAUCUGCACAUCUUAGAACAAACCUUCUCAUGUCUAGCUGAGGCAGACCCCUGAUGGAAGAGCAGCCCACGGGCCCCGGGGAGUGUCGUCAUGUUUCCCUGUGUUUCCUCCUGGCCUCCCGCUGAGACCCCGUCGCCCUGCGGCCAUGCCCCUUUACCCCCCCACACACAGCCCCUGCCCGACCUGUUGUGCAGCUGCCCCGCUCCGACCCCCAGCCCCCACCCUGUCCCGGACUACAUGGAGUCCCUCAUCGUGGUGACCGAGUACGAGCCCGAGGUGGAAGACAUGGACAGCUCCGAGACCCCUGAACCCGGCCCUCCCUCCUUCAGGGCACCCUCCUGCGACCUGCUGUCCCACGCCGUGGGCCGCCCGGAGGCCCUGUUUCCCGAGCCCCAGGAGCACCGUGGGAGACUGAACCUGUCGGACAGGAAGCUGUCCCUGCAGGAGCGCUCCCAGACGGCCACGCCUCUCUGCGGCUCGCCGGGGCACAAUGGGCGCUACAUCUACCCGUCGCUGCCCUACUCGCCCAUCACCUCGCCCCACUCAUCCCCCCGGCUGCCCCGGAGACCCACCGUGGAGUCUCACCGUGUGUCCAUCACAGACCUGCAGGACUGCGUGCAGCUCAACCAGUACAAGCUGAAAGACGAAAUUGGGAAGGGCUCCUAUGGUGUUGUCAAGCUGGCCUACAAUGAAGAUGACAACACCUACUAUGCCAUGAAAGUGUUGUCGAAGAAGAGACUGAUGCGGCAAGCCGGUUUCCCCCGGAGACCACCCCCCCGCGGAGCCAAAGCAGCCCCCGAAGGCCCGCCUCAGCCCAAAGGACCCCUGGAACGGGUCUACCAAGAGAUUGCCAUCCUGAAAAAGCUGGACCAUCCUAAUGUAGUGAAGCUUGUGGAGGUUCUGGAUGACCCUGGUGAGGACCAUCUGUACAUGGUGUUUGAGCUGGUCAAACGGGGGGCUGUGAUGGAGGAGGUGCCCACAGACAAGCCGCUGAAUGAAGACCAGGCUCGGUUCUACUUCAAAGACCUGCUCAGGGGGAUUGAGUUCUUGCAUUACCAGAAGAUUAUCCACCGGGACAUCAAGCCCUCUAACCUCCUGGUCGGGGAGGACGGUCAUGUUAAGAUCGCAGACUUUGGGGUCAGUAACCAGUUUGAGGGAGCAGAUGCCCUGUUGACCAGCACAGUGGGCACGCCCGCCUUCCUGGCCCCCGAGACCCUCUCCGAUACCAGGAAGAACUUCUCUGGCAAAGCAUUGGAUGUUUGGGCCAUGGGAGUGACGCUUUAUUGUUUUGUGUUCGGAGCGUGUCCUUUUAUGGAUGAUCGCAUCCUCAACCUUCAUCAUAAAAUCAAGACCCAGCCAGUAGAGCUCCCAGACCACGCAGACAUAUCGGACGAUCUGAAAGAUCUGCUACUAAAGAUGCUGGACAAGAAUCCAGAGAGCAGGAUAUCGGUACCACAGAUUAAGGUGCACCCGUGGGUGACGAGGAACGGAGCAGAGCCCCUCCCCCUGGAGGAUGAUAACUGCUGCAUGCUGAUCGAGGUGACCGAGGAGGAGGUGGAGAACUCUGUCAAGCACAUCCCUAGCCUGGCCACUGUAAUUCUGGUGAAGACCAUGCUCAGGAAGAGGUCUUUUGGGAACCCCUUUGACUGGGGCCGUCAGAGGACAGAAGACAAAGGCAGCAGUCUUUUGACACCUAGACACAUUCUCCCCAAAAAGAGAGCGGGCAAUGUGAGAUACUGCUACAUUCAUAGUAACCAAAGAAGGAAACAGGAGAGUGGGGAGGGCUUAAGAAGUAUGGACCUGCCUUUUGUGGGCGAAGAUGAGGCUCUUUCCUGAUGUGGUUUUUCAACUCGAUUUUGGGGGCAUGCUAGUGAUCUGACAUGCUGCCCCCCUCAAGCCUACCCUUUACUCACUGCUCUAUGUUGGAGAAGCCACCAGUUGGUUUUAUGGAAGUGGAUGGAACUGUUGGAAAGCUCCAUUUAAGGACAAGACAGGAGCCUGGACCCCUUUCAGGGAUAAACUCCCUUCUUGCUAUGUCACUCUAAUGCAUGCUAAUGUUACUAUCUCAGGCUUCUGGUGAAAAGGUUUGUUUUAGACUAGGUACACGUUUCCCCACCCUCUUCUCCAUUUAAAUAUGGUCACAUGUUUACUGCAAGGGUGUAGGUGCAAAGCUGGGUGUUUAUGGAUGGCUGUACAUUUCAAAGAGUGACUCCUGGCCCCCACAAGAUAAGAGCUGAUGACUUGAUUGUCAUAGUCACUCAUUAAUGUGGCCAGUUUUGAAACAUAUUCAUGUUUUGAGCAGAAACCUGUACAGGAGAGGUUUAUUGAAGUGAGAAAAUGGUUUACUACACUCAGAGUAUGCUUCUGAGUUUAUUUCCAAAUGUAAACAUUGUAUGUUACAAGUUUUUAUUGUAUAAGUAACAGUUGCACAUUAAUAGAAUUAGUGAGAAAUGCAUUUUUUUCUACACUAAGGGUUAGUUGUGAAAUGUUAUUUAGUUACUAAAAACAAAAUGAAACAAUCUUUCUAAUAUAUAGUGGAGUCUUCACCUCCCAUUGCAGUCUUCAUAUUUUGCUGACAAAAAAUAUGUAUUGUUCUUCCUAAAGAUCCACAAAACCAGGAAUUCUAAUAUGGAAGUCUGGGCCACCCAGGAAGACAAUUAUUGUUUCCGACAAAAUUAAAUCCGAGACAUGGUUUGCAUAUUGGUUUCAAUCCAUAAUUCCCAACCGAAUUUACAGAGCAUGAUUUAAGUCCAAAUUAUUCACAGCUGUAUUGUCUGUCAAAGGUACUUCCACCAAAUAAUCAAUUAUAUUACAAGUAUUGAAUAUAAUUAAUAUAUCUUAAUCUCAUUUCAUAGUAAUUUGGAUAUUGUUUUUGAAUAUUAUAUCUAUAGAAUGAGCUGCACAUUUGAUAGAUUUAUUUUUAUUUUAAGGCAGCAAAUGAGAAUGAAUGCAGCGAGGGAUGACGGGGUUGAGGCCGUGUGGGAUGGAGGAGGGCUUUAAACUGUCACUAGUGGGUGUUUUUGUUUACUUCUAAAAAUGUGGAUUGUAACCAGGAAAUAAUACAAUGUUGAAGUUCAAAUCAAAAUGUUUUUGUUUCUUUUUAUAUAUACUAGAUUUACAGAUGUUUUUUAAACACCUCAUUUUCAGAACACCAAAAAGCAAAUCAAUUGUGUGAUUUUGUAAAGCAUUCGUAGAGAAACAAACACCUUUAAACAAAUUAAUAUUUGUAAAUGCAAUGGGAUUGUGAAAUUACAUCAGUUACAGGCUCUUACAGUUUUAAUACAAGGUAUAUAGUAUGACCACAGAGCGCUUGUACAAUCUAUGCAUGACAUACCUGUUAUGGAAAUUUUUUAAUUUAGCAUAGAUUAAAUUUGUCAUCAGAUAUUGUACGAUCCAAAUGUGACUGUAGAAUUCAAGUGCAGUCUCUUUCAACUCAGCUUAUUCUCUAUUUUUAGAUGAGCCCAAAGCGGUCCAAAGAUCUUCCCAGUUAUCUAGUGGCAUGUUAUUUUGAUUUAUUUUUUUACCUCUUGCCCUAUUUGCAUGUAGUUAGACAGCCUUGGUAUAUGAAUAGCUGCACUCACUAGACAUGUUUUAUGGUUCCAGAUGAUAUUAUUGAAACGACAGUAAUUCAACAAUGAAUGAAUGCUUCCACAUACUGAUUAUGUCAGCACUAACGUGCAUUGUCGUAUGUCAAACGGAGUCGUUACAUAUGCGUACCAGUCUCCAGGAGCCGGGUCUACCCAAUUGUGGUACUCACUGCUGCGCUAUCUGACGUAAGACAAAGCACCGUGUUGAAUGUAUGAGAAAGGCAAACAUUUUUUUUUUGUACACAUGUUCAUGCAUGUCACUGAUGUAUGUGAAAUCCCUAUAAACUGUAUGUUUUUAUUUUUAAGACUAUGCAUAAAAAUGUCACUAGUGCAACGCUGGACCUUGCCGGUCAGCUUAUCAUGUAUGCUCUGUUCUGUGGUACCUGAGGUUGGAGCUCCCUAAAGCUGACCACCUAGUAUGGAAGUACCAGUUUUGGACAUGGAGAUCUCGCCAUCCUGUACAAUGUUUAGAAGGGACCAUUUUGAUAUUUAUCUGUAACAUUCAAAAAGGAUAAGAUACUACUUAGAAUUCAAACUCCAAGUCAAAUUUUGCAAAAAAAUAUUCUUAUACUUGAUAAUCACAGUCACAGUGAUUUAAAAUGCUACCUCAUUUGGAUAGUAAAAAUCUGUUAUGAAAUAACCCACUAUCAUGGCUUUUAUUUUGGACUGUUGAAAACGGCCCAAGACAAACUGUUUUAUCCUUCCCUUCCAUGUGAAACCACUCCCCUAAGAACCUAUAAAAUAGUUGAGUUUGACAACAUGGUUAAAUUUAAUUUACCCCACAGAAUGAUCUAUGAUAUUUGUAUGUAUACAUAUUUAAUCUAAGCUUUUGGUUUAUCACAGUCUUUUUCUUAUCUUAUUGGAAGGGCUUGUAUUCCCAAUACCUUUACUGUACAUUCAAUAUCACAGUGUACUGUAGCAUAAGUCAUUCAUUAUAGUGAGAGCUUUGGGGCUUCUACCUAAAAAGCAUGCCAACACCCUGUAAACGUACUAUUCAAUUAUCAUAGCAUGACAGAACUGCUCACAAAACAAGAGCUCAUAAUGAAUUAUUCUAUACAUAUUGUAUCCAGUUCAUUAUUUGAAUAAAUGACGGUUGCCUUUCUGCA